CUUUAGGUAGUCAGAAAUGGCAUGCUUGCACGUCACUCUUGCUCCGUUCUCGUCAUCCCGGUCCCCUGCCUCGCCCACUUUACGAUGCACCCCAGUUCGGUGUGCCACUGAACGGCAGGCCUUGUUUAAUCGCAUUGCUGCGGUCUAUGACUACCCUGGGUCAGCAUCGGAUUUGGAAGCGAAUGGUAGUGUCAUGAAGUGGGUAUGCAGUUUCUCGAACGCAUUUUCCUUCAGCCGUUUGGAGUUCCUUUUUCCCUCUUCCUUGAUGCGAUGGGUUGAAGGUGAUGCUCUUGAGUUGCCAUUUAGUGAUGGUUCAUUCGAUGCUAUAACUAUGGUUUAUGGUCUACGAAAUGUGGUUGAUAGGCGCAAGGCCAUGCAAGAAAUAUUACGAGUCCUUAAAGCUGGCUCCAGAGUUUCUAUC